AUGGCGCACAAGUCCGGCGGCCGCACGCCGGACUUACAGCAUGGCGCCGCCUCUGCGCAUGCUCCUGACCUCUGGGCGCAGCCGGAGGACGAGCGGAGCCUCAUGGCCGGCGGGCCUGGCGAGAGCGCAACCGUCGCCGCAACCCGCACCAGCAGCGACGACGGCGCACUCUCGCGCCACCUGCGCACCGCACUCUCCGUCUCAGCCCCGGCCAGAGCAGCACUAUCGCCCCCGCCAGCCGCGGCGGCCGCAGGCAAGGGGACCCCGUCCCCGCGCGGCGAUGACGAGGGCGAGGAGGGCGGCGCGUUCUCGCGCCUGGCGAGCGGCAUCGAAUCGCGCCUCGUGUCGUGGGGCGGCGGCGCGGACGAGGGCGAGCUGUCGGAGCUGUCCGGCUGCCGCGGGCCCCCGGCGGCCGUCUGCAACGCGCUUUUCGCAUCCCACGCCCUCGCAAGGUGGGCGUGGCGCACCUGGGAGUUUGCGGUCGCGCUCGUCCUCAUCCGCCUGUACCCCGGCUCCCUGCGGCUCAUAUCCGCCUACGGGCUGCUGGACAACCUCGUGCGCGUCGUCGGGGGCGCGCCCGUCGGCGCCUUCAUCGACAGGUCGGAGCGGCUGCGGGGGGCAACCACGAUGUACCUGCUGCAGAACGCCUGCAUCCUCGCGUCCGCGGCCGCUGCGGGCGCGCUGCUGUGGCUGGCAGGCGGCAGUGACGACCCCCUCGCAGCAGUGGGGCCCGCGGUGUACUGGCCGCUGGUGACCGUGGCCAUCGCCGUCGGCUGCACCAGCAGCGUCGGCUCGAUGGGCGCGGCCGCGGCCGUGGAGCGGGAGUGGGUCAAGGCGCUGUGCGGGCCGGACACCCUAAUGCUGGCGCGCAUGAACUCGGUCAUGCGCGCCAUCGACAUGCUCUGCCUGAUGCUGAGCCCGAUGGCGGCCGGAUUCCUGAUGACGUACGCCGGCAUGCUACCGGCGGUACUCGCGAUCGCGGCGUACGCAUUAGUCGUGUGGGCGCCCGAGUGCGUCCUGCUGCGCGUCGCCCACCGCCUCUCGCCGCAGCUUAGGGAGCCCAAGGCCGCGCCGCGCGCCGAGGCGCCGCGGCAGCGCCCCCGCGUCCCGUUUGCCGCACUCUGCUCCGGAUGGGGCGUCUACCUGCGGCAGGCGACGCUGCUGCCGGCGCUGGCGCUGGCGCUGCUCUACCUCACGUGCCUGUCCCUCGGGUUCCUCAUGACGGCCUUCCUCACAUUCAACGGCAUGAGCGAGGCCGCCCUGUCAGUGUUCCGCGGCAUCGCGGCUGCCUCGGGCCUCCUCUCAACGGCCAUCUUCCCGCGCCUGCACCGGGCGGCCGGCCUCACCGCCGCCGGCGCCGCCGGCUUUGCGUGGCUCAACGCCUGCCUGAUAGCAGGCACAGCGCCGACCGUCGCCGCCGCCAUCCUUGGAAACCCUCUCUCGAGCUGGAGCGCCGCCGCCGCCGCCCCCGUAGGCGACCACGCGGCCGGCGGGCCGGCGGCGGCGCCGGGCGGCGCGGCCACCGCGGGCGGGGCUGCUGCCGGCGGCGACAAGUUUGGCCUGGCGUCGUCGCCGCUGCUGGCGCUGCUGAUGAGCGGCCUGGCGCUGUCGCGGCUGGGGAUCUGGCUUGCUGACCUGGCGGUGUCUCAGAUGCAGCAAGAGUUUGUGGCGGAUGACGAGAUAGGCACCGUGAACGGCGUGCAGUCAAGCAUGCAGAGCCUUUUCGAGAUCUUCUCGUUCGUGGCUGGCUCGAUCCUCAGCAGACCAGACCAGUUUCACUGGCUGAUGCUGGGAUCGUUGGCAUCAAUAUCCACCGCCGGCAUCCUCUACGCAUGCUACGCAUUGGGUUUCGGGCCAGGCAGCGGCGGCGGCGCCAGCGGCUGGGGGCGGCGGCAGCCGUAUCAGCAGCUGAGCGAGGUGGGCGCAGCAGUAGAUGGCGGCGGCGGCGGCAGGGACGGGGGCGGUGCCGAGGAUGGAGUCGGGAGUGCAUAG